AUGAGUAGUAAUCAGUUCACAUGGCAGACGGGCAAAGGCACUCCUGGAUGGAUCCAGGAAAGACUAGAUAAGGUACUAGUCACUAACCGCUGGAGAGAUAUUGUUAAUGGGGUCACAGUUACAAAUCAAUGGACAAGACGAUCAGAUCAUUCAGCUAUUUUCAUGGGGAUUCGAUGUUAUGGGACCAGGAGGGGUGGGGGCCGAAGAUUUCGCUUUGAGAUGGCAUGGCUCUAUGAUGAGGGAUGUAGAGCAGUAGUGGCUGAAUCAUGGGAGGAAGGAAGGAGUAGGGGAGCACAGAGUUGUAUUGCACACUGUGGAAGACGAGUGGAGAUGCAGGAGGAUGCAUACUGGAAGCAGAAGGCCAAACAGCACUGGCUCAAGGAUGCUGAUGCCAACACGAAGUUUUAUCAUAGGAAUCCCAUGAAUGGUGAUCUGAUUUAUAGCAAUAUUACUCCACGAGUAACUCAGGCACAAAAUGAGUUAUUAAUGCAGCCCUUUGAGGUGGGUGAGGUGAAAGAUGUUCUCUUUGAAAUGUGUCCUGAUAAGGCGCCAAGGCCGGAUGGGAUGAACCCGGGUUUUUACCAGAGUUUUUGGGAUAUUGUGGGAGGUGAUAUUUCGGCCUUUAUUAUAAGCUGUCUGAAUGUAGGCUCAUUACCACCUGGUCUGAAUAAUACCGAUGUCGUGUUAAUUCCUAAGAAAGAUGUUCCUGAGCAGGUCUCUGAUUUGAGACCAAUUGCGCUUAGCAAUGUAAUUUAUAGGAUUAUGGCCAAAAUGAUUACCCGGAGGAUGAAGCCCCUAAUGGAUAGUAUUAUAUGUGAGUCCCAGAGUGCAUUUAUACCAGGCAGGUUGAUAACGGGUAAUAUUUUGAUUGCCUCAGAGGUAGGCCAUUAUUUGAACAGGAAACGGUGUGGAGCAGUUGGUUGGAGUGCCUUAAAGCUAGAUAUGGCAAAGGCCUAUGAGCAGAUGGAGUGGCCUUUUUUGAAAGGUAUGAUGGUGGCCCUGGAAUUUGAUGAUAAGUGGAUUGAUCUUAUUAUGAUGUGUGUUACGACGGUAUCCUAUAAUUUCCUGGAGGCAAAUGAAAUUAAAGGAUGCCUGGCUCUAUAUGAAAAUCUGUCUGGGCAGGCUGUUAAUUACCAUAAAUCUAGUAUAUGCUAUAGUAAGAAUACGACGGAGGUGGUCAAGGAAAAUGUGGCGCAAGUUUUGGGUGUGAUCCAGGCUCCUAACUAUGGGAAGUACCUUGGGUUGCCAUCAUUUAUUGGAAGAAAUAAGAAAGCGGCGUUUGCUUAUAUAGAAGACAAGAUCAGACAGAGAAUAGGAUCUUGGAAUAAGAAACUAUUGUCGCAGGCAGGAAAAGAGGUCUUAUUGAAAAGUGUGGCCCAGGCUAUGCCUACUUUCUCAAUGAGUGUUUUCUUAUUGCCUACUGCUAUCUGUACGGCUAUUGAGAGGUUGAUGAAUAGGUAUUGGUGGGGCUCAGGGACUGACCAGAGAAUCCAUUGGAAAGCCUGGGAUAAGUUAUGUAUUCCAAAGAAGUAUGUUGGAUUGGGCUUUAAAGAUCUAAGAGCUUUCAAUGUGGCACUAUUGGGAAAGCAAGCUUGGAGACUGUUAACCAAUACAGAUUCUCUAGUUUCUAAAGUUUAUAAGGCAAGAUAUUAUCCGAACCAACCUUUUACUGAUGCGAUUCUUGGGAACAACCCAAGUCACUGUUGGCGAAGCAUUAUGGCGGCUAAGGGUUUAAUUUGUAGUGGGGUAAGAAGACGAAUUGGGAACGGAUUUUCUACCUCGGUAUGGGGACACCCAUGGUUGCAAGAUGAAGAUGACCCCAUGAUCCAAACAGAAAUGCCACCCCAACUGAGUAAUGCCAGGGUAAUCAACUUAAUUGACCAGGAUACAGGCACUUGGGAUUAUGAUCUGCUUACUGAUAUUUUUGAGCCCAAUGAUGUGGCUAGAAUACUAAAAAUACCAAUCUCCCCAGACUAUGAUGAUAUGUUGUACUGGCAUGGCGACCCCAAGGGCAACUAUACUGUUAAGCAUGGGUAUAAAUGUGUUUCGGGGAAUUAUGAGAAUGUGGAGAGUGGGGGUUUCACGAAAUGGCUAACAUUGUGGAAGCAAAGAAUACCACCCAAAUGGAAGACUUUAUUAUAG